UGUGAGGUUCGAGGCAUGGACGAGAGGAAACAAAAUAUAGUGAGAGUGAAAACUGUUGUUGUUGGAGACAGUGGAGUUGGAAAAACCUGCAUGUGUAUAAAAUUCACUACAGGUGAAUUCCCUCCAGAUUAUAUUCCUACAGUAUCUGAAAAUUACUCAGUCUACGGUGAAGUUAACGGACAGUCAUAUGAGUUGCGACUUUGGGAUACUGUAGGAGGGGAAGAUUAUUACCGGAGUCGUCCUCUUAGCUAUCCAGACACCGAUGUUUUGAUUCUCUUAUUUGAUGUUGCUGGUAGCCGUGAUGAUUUUGAGGAGAUUCAUUCUCACUGGUGCGGUGAACUGCAAUACUCAUGCUCUGAUGUCCCUAUAAUUCUUGUUGGAUCAAAAAUAGACUUGAGAGACAAUGGUCUCACUACAAUUUCAACUGUCGAGGGUGAGGGAAUGGCUAAAACGAUUGGGGCUGCAAAAUAUAUGGAGAUAUCUUCAUUAAAGGAUAAAGGUGUGACUGAGUUAUUUGAAGAGGCUGUCAGCAUUGGUCUCCACUACAAUACCACAGUAAAAAGAAAGAAGAAAAAGAAAUGUAGUAUCAUGUAAUAUUUCCCAACGUUUAGCAGUUAAAUUAAAUUGUGCAGAAUAUUGAUUGUUCACUCAGGCCACU